AUGGCUAAAUUGGCCUUCUCCGCGGCGGUCCUCUUGGUCCUCGUGGCCCUCUCCGCUGCUGAAGGGGAUAACAUCCUGCGGCUGCCAUGCAAACUUCAGCUCCAGCAGAGCUCACUUGACUCGUGCCGGCAGGUCGUGGACCAACAGCUCCGGGACAUUAGCCACGAGUGUCGUGCCACCGCCAUCCGCCAGAUCGUGAGUCAAUACGAGCAUCAAGCCAUGGUUCCACUCGGAGGAAGAUCAUACUACCCCGGCACAGACAAGGAACAACAAGGAGAUGUACAACAAGAACAAAGCUGGAAGCAGCAGCAGCAACAUCUGCAAGGACAAGGGUUGUUCCAGCAUAGUGAAACUUCUCCGCAGCAGCAAGGGCAAGAGUGGUGGUACCUUCCUGGCCACCCCGGCCAGACUGUUCCACAGCAGCAAGGGCAAGGAUGGUACCUUCCUAGCCAAACUUUUCCCCCGCAGCAAGGGCAAGGAUGGUACCUUCCCGGCCAGACAUUUCCGCAGCAGCACGGGCAAGGAUGGUGCCUUCCCGGACAAACUUUUCCGCAGCAGCAAGGGCAAGGAUGGUAUCCCGGCCAGACUUUUCCACUGAAGCAAGGGCCAGGGUGGUACGUUCCCAGCCAGACUUCUCAGCAGCAAGAGCCAGAGUGGUACCUUCCCAGCCAAACUUUUCCGCAGCAACAGCCAGGGUCGUACCGCCCCAGCCAAACGUUUCCACAGCAGCAACAACCAGGGUCAUACCACCCCGGCCAAACUUUUCCGCAUCAACAACAGCAGGGCGGAGGGUUUUCCGGCGAUUCAACAGUACAGCAACAAAAGAAGUCCUUUGGCGACAUCUGGCAUAGCAUCUUCCACCAUGGCCAAAAGCCAGCAGCUGGACAUGAGUCGUUCGGCGAGGCCGCACAGCAUCAAGAGCAAGGGCCGUCCUACACCAGCGAAACUUUUCCACAACAACAGCACAUGGAAGGGUCCUUCGGUGAGUCGACCACGAAGCAGCAGAAGGGAAGCCAGGACCCCUCCCACUUGCCACAACAGGAGGGACAAGGUCAGUCAGCCCGCCUGGAGUUGGUCACUAGGGCGAGGCAGGUCGCAGCGCAGCUGCCGGCGAUCUGCCGGCUGGAGGGCCAGUAG